AUGAUGAAGAGGCAGUUCAAUCGGAUGCGGCAGCAGCUGUCCCAUCCCAACGCCACCAGCCGAUCCCAAGAAGCGACCGAGCUCCUGACGGAAGAUUUGCUGCAGAUCGAGCAGAGGAUCGAGCCGGCCAAGCGAGCAGCGCACAGCGUGUCCAAGCGGCUCCAGGCUUGUCUGCAGGGGCACUGCGGCUCCGAGAUGGACAAGAGAGUGAAGAAGCUGCCUUUGAUGGCUCUGUCCAUGACGAUGGCUGAGAGCUUCAAGGAACUGGACACGGAAUCCAGCCUCGGGAAAGCCCUGGAGAUGGGCUGCUGCAUCCAGAGCUCGCUGGCCAAAAUCCUGGCCGAGUUUGAGAUCGCUGUGGAGCGCGACAUCCUGCAGCCCCUCAACAAGCUCAGCGAGGAGGAGCUGCCCAUCAUCCUGAAGCGCAAGAAGACCCUCCAGAAGCUGAUCUCUGACUGGAACGCCAUCAAGAGCCGGCUGAACCAAGCUGCCAAGGGCUCCAGUAACAGCGCUGGCGCUGGAACCGUCCCGGGGGCUUCUUCUGCCAACAAACUGGAGAUCCUGAAGGAAGAGGAGGAGGAGGUGAAGAGGAAAGUGGAGCAGUGCAAGGACGAGUACAUGGCUGACCUCUACCACUUCUCCACCAAAGAGGACAGCUACGCCAGCUAUUUCAUCAGACUGCUGGAAAUCCAAGCCCAGUACCACCGGCAGUCCCUGGGGUCUCUGGACUCGGCUCUGGCGGAGCUGAAGGAGAGCCACAGACAGACAGAGCCCUCCUUCGCCGCGGACACCCCGGUGGCAGGGUACUACGGCGUGCCCCUGGAGACCCACCUCAGGAGCUUGGGCCGGGAGAUCGCACUGCCCAUCGAGGCCUGCGUCAUGAUGCUGCUGGCCUCCGGCAUGAGGGAGGAGGGACUCUUCCGGCUAGCAGCGGGCGCCUCAGUGCUGAGGAAGCUGAAGAGCAGCUUGGCCAGUGGCUCCAAUGCCCUGGAGGAGUUUUACUCAGACCCCCACGCUGUGGCCGGAGCGCUGAAGUCCUACCUGCGGGAGCUGCCCCAGCCUCUGAUGACCUUCGAGCUCUACGACGAGUGGGUCAAAGUGGCCAGCUUAAAGGAUGUUGACAGCCGUGUACAGAGCCUGCGAGACACCUGCAGCCGCCUGCCCCAGGACAGCUACAACAAUUUGAGGUAUCUGAUCAAGUUUCUAGCCAAGCUGGCCGAGCACCAGGAGGUGAAUAAAAUGACCCCCAGCAACAUCGCCAUCGUGCUGGGCCCCAACCUGCUGUGGCCACAGCAGAGCACAGGAGACCCCGUGCAGCUGGACUUGGCCUCGGUCUCCUCCAUUCAGGUGGUGGGCAUCGUGGAGGCCCUCAUCCAGAACGCGGACACCCUCUUCCCCGGAGAUGUAGAUUUCAACGUCUCAGGGAUGUUUACGCCGCCUGCGGAUGUCAGACUCAGCAAGGACACUCCUGUAGAAGAGCCAUCCCCCAAGUCCCCCGUAGCCAGCUCCCCGGCUCUCCCGGAUGAAGAAGUCACGAGGGACCCUGAGGUGAGCACCCAGCAGCUUUCCCCAGAGGUGACCAGACCGUCCCCCGAAGCCACAGUGCCGCCAGCUCCGAUACCAGCCAACGACUCCACCCGCAAAGCCAAGCGCCCGGCUCCAGCCCGACCUACAGUGCCACCACCCGUGGCCCAGCCCCGGAGCACGGCCCCUGAGCACGCCACCAGCCCCAAAGCCCGGCCGCGACGGAUGGGUGCUCCCUCCGUCCCACCACCGCUGCCACCACAGCCAGCACCGCGCCACAGCCGCGAGUCCCUGACGUCCCCGGGGCCUCCCUCUGCCAAGGCCACCACCGCCACCCCAGAUUGGGCUGCGGAUGAGGGGCCAGCAGGGGGACGGAGCCCCACUGGUGGCAUCGCUGAUGGCGGAGAAUGA